AUGUGGGCCGGCGUUCUGGUUUUUUAUGACUUCGCCCCGGCAUCAAGCAAAAUGAAGAGAGCUGACGACAAGCACAUGAAGAAGGAAACUGGUAUAAUUGUGAGGGAGCUUAUCGAUUUGAUCGUUUUCAUACUUCCAAUGAAAUUUCCGGAUAUCGAAGCUGCUGGGAGCACUCCGUAA